CAUAAUAAACACACAUACUUGGUGUGAGCAUUCUCUUAGGUGGUUUCCACGCGCUGACAGUUACCAAAGCUGCUAAUCCCACUCUUACAUUGUAGUCUAUUUCAUUUGCUUCAAAGUUGAGAAACUCGUGAGGAGGAGAAAAGAGUGAGUGAAGGAAUGAGGGAAGAAGUCAUCAGCUCCGGAGGCACCAUUGAUCCAGCACCUGCUGCCAGUUCUGCUGGGGCAUCAUCCCCAGCCGUUCCAAUGAAUGUUGGCAGUAUAGAUGGGUCAAGUCAUGGACAAGUCUCUAAAGCAGCUUCUCUCUCGUGUGUUGGUUCACAACCACCAUGGACUUCCUUGAGCACAAGUGCUGGUGGGUCUUCCAGAUCCUGUAGACCUUGGGAAAGGGGAGAUUUAUUAAGACGCUUGGCUACAUUUAUUCCUAUAAAUUGGCUUGGGAAGCCUCAGAUCAUCAGUUCGUUGGCUUGUGCACAAAAAGGCUGGAUAAAUAAUGGCAUUGACAAAAUUGCUUGCGAAUCCUGUGGUGCUUGCUUGUGUUUUACAGCAUUGUCAUCUUGGACAUCAGCUGAAGCUCAAAAUGCCAGCGAAUCCUUUGCUAGGCAGCUGGAUUCGGAUCAUAAGGUAAAUUGCCCUUGGAAGGGAAACAAUUGUCCAGAAAGCUUAGUACAGUUCCCUCCAACACCUCCGUCUGCUUUAGUUGCGGGUUACAAGGAUAGAUGUGACGGACUCAUACAAUUUCAGCGUCUUCCUGUGGUAGCCAUCUCUGCAAUUGAGUUUAUGUCUGCUUCUCGAGGUCCACAAAUUGAACGCUUUCUAUCGCAGUCUCAAAAUUUUAUGUCAAGAGAAGUAUAUAUUAAACCAGAAAUUAUAUCUGAGUUUGACAACUCUCAAGAUGAGGCAUACUGUCUGUAUACUCGUGCACAGAAACUUAUAAGCCUUUGUGGGUGGGAACCACGGUGGCUUUUAAAUGUUCAAGAUUGCGAAGAACACUCUGCUCAAUCUGAAAGAAAUGGAUAUUCUUUCGGCCCUAGCAAGACUCAAAUUCAUCUUACUCAAGAUCCUGGUUCAAAGGCAGUUUCUGCUUCUACUAAAUUGGAUGAUAGAAAGGGAAAGGCAUCUGUCAAUGAGACUAGACUUGACUCAAAGAUACCAUUGCUUGAUUGUAGCUUAUGUGGUGCUGCAGUCAGAAUUUCAGAUUUUUUAUCAGUUCCUUGUCCUACUCGUUUUGUACCUAACAGUAUAGAUAUUCUUGAUGCUAGUAAAAAAUUAGGAUUGACUCGAGGAGCGAGUGCAGCAAGUGGAAUCAGUGGUUGGAUUGCAGCUGAUGAUACAGAGAAAGAUCAGACUGAUGACCGUGACGAAGUUGCAACAACAAAUGAGGGGAAAUUGGUCGCAAAUGAGGAUUUGGAUUUGAAUCUUACCAUGGCAGGGGGUUUUCCUUUUACUCCUUUGGGCAGGACGGCAACAUCUGAAUAUACUCAUGAUGAAGAUAUGGGAAGGGACUUAAUGAUCGGGCAGCCUGCUGGGAGUGAGAUUGGUGAUCGUGCGGCUUCAUAUGAAUCAAGAGGACCAAGCUCUCGUAAGAGAAAUUUUGAAAAAGGUGGAAGCUCAGAUGAACGCCCAAUUCUUAGGUUGCAGCAGCAGGCUGAUAGUGUAGAAGGAACUGUCAUUGAUCGUGAUGGAGAUGAAGUUACAGAUGGUGGACAAUAUUCAGCUGGUCCAUCAAAACGAGCACGUGAUUCUGAUAUUUUUGACCCUUACUGUUCACCUCGUCAAAGAGACUCAUCUGGUGCUGGUCCGAGUCAUUCAAGGGGUUUUGAGACUCAUGUUAGCGGAAAUCGAGUUUCUUCAAACCCUCAAGGUAGUGAUCGUCCAAUAGGAAUCCAAUCUACUAGGGACUCAACCCGCGCAUCAUCUGUCAUUGCAAUGGACACAAUAUGUCAUAGUGUGAAUGAUGAUUCUAUGGAAAGUGUUGAAAACUACCCUGGAGACCUUGAUGAUGUUCAUUUCCCCUCGUCUAGCACAUAUGGCAAUGUGGAUAUGAAUGAAACCUCUGAACUGAAUAACAGCAAUCUAGCUCAGCAAAGCACUUGCUUACAAACUGCUACUGAAGUUGUCCCUGGUGAAGUGGGCAUCAGUAGUACAAACUAUGGGGAAGAACAUUUCAAUGCAGAAACUGUGACUGCCCAGGCUCGAGAUGGAUUUAGUUUGGGCAUCAGUGGAGGGAGUGUUGGAAUGUGUGCUAGUCAUGAAGCUGAAAUCCACGGGGCUGAUAUAUCUGUGCACAGAGCUGAUAGUGUUGUUGGUGAAAUGGAACAGAGAGCAGAAGAUGCUGAACAUCAGGGACAAACAGGUGAAUAUGUUCCAGAUCCAGGUCUGAUGGAUGAGAUUAUCCCUGAUGAGAUAAACAGGGAAGAUCCUAUUGGUGAUAGCCAGGAGAUGAUGUCUCACUCUGCAGGAAGAACAGAUAGUGGGUCAAAAAUUGGCUGUUCUACAAAGGCAGAAUCUGUUGAAAGUGGUGAAAAGAUUAGUCAAAACUGCAAUCUUCUGCCUGCUAAUAGUUACCACCCAUCUCGUUCUUGUAAUGCUAAUAUUUAUUCAGGUUGUGAAAAUACCAAGGAAGAGAUCAUGAAGGAUGGUAAAUCUUCAUUUGCCAAUAAUAUUUCUCUCCCUGAAUCCGAUUUUGCCAUUGCAAAUGGAAUAGGCCCUCCAAAAGGAGAGAGUAAUUAUGAAGCUGCAGAGUUUGAUCCUAUUGCCUAUCACAAUCAGUGUUGCCCUUGGGUAAAUGGCAAUGUUGCUGCAGCUGGCUGUGCUAGUUCUGUUAUGAGAACAAGUAGUGAUGCAAUUGCCCUUUCCGGUUGGCAGCUGACUUUAGAUGCUUUGGAUGCUUUUCAAUCACUAGAGCACAAUGCAAUACCAACUGCACCGUCUGAGUCUGCUGCGUCCUUGUACAAGCAGAAUGACCAGCAAGCACCUGGUAAACAACUCUUUCGCAAUCACUCUCUGAGCAGAAGCCAUGGUCAACUUUGAGAUUUUAAUUUGGUUAUUGGGUGUUUCUAUUUCUUUGUAAGUGGGUAUGUCAUAUGCUUAUAGCUUGAAAAUUUGAUAAACAAAGUAAUGUAAAAUGAGAAAGUAAGGAUUUUAGAAGCGCAUUCGACAAUCUAUUCGAAGUAUUCUUGCAUAUUUCAGUCUCACUUGUUAGAGCUCAGUGAGUGUGUAGUGGACGUGUUACUUUUCUCCCUCCUAUGCCAUCAAGGAAACAAGUUGUUCAUCAGAACCGGGAUCUUGCCUCAAUCUAUAUAUUACUAGUCAAUAACCUGGAACAGUGGAAAGUUUCUAUGAAACAACUAUUUACUUCAAAGACCUGAAGUUUGAGCAAUUAAAUUGUAUAUACUGGAGAGUUCUUUAAUGAGGAAUUUGGUUUAGGCCUUUGGCCCUAUUGUAAUAUGUUAAUUAAUUAGUGUUUUCUCUUAAAUUUUCCCUUUUAUUUAAAUAUCAAGUGAUGUACAUUUUUACUAUUGAAUAAGUGAAAAUGUGAAUUCGGUCAUUUUCAUUCCUGA